GCAGCUAAAACAAUAGUCUUCUUAACGCUUUCAGUUAACUACUUUCAAUUGAUUUCUGCCGCAAAAAUGAACAAUAAAAUCUGUUUAUUAUUUAUCGUUGUCGUGUGCUUCACCGCUGCCGUAUCAGCUAAGCCGCAGAGAGGUGGGAGUUGUGGCCCAAAUCAAGAAUUCACCAACUGUGGCAGCGCCUGUCCACCCAAAUGCGGUGACGGUAAUGGUCCGACGAUUUGCACGCUACAAUGUAUAAUUGGAUGCCAAUGUAGGCGUGGUUAUUUGCUGAACUCUGCUGGGCAGUGUGUCGAACCAAGAAAGUGCUAGACCACAACAAAAGUGUUCAAAAGAUGUGAGUUACGACGUGAACAAAGAAGUUAUAAGUUUAUGCAAUGAAAUUAAUUAUGAAACUGAUUUGUGAAUAAAAGAAAAUGAGGGCAAUUUUUUUAA